AGGUCACGCGGGCGGCCAUCUUUGAAGAGGGCAAAGUUCCUGGAAACGAUGAAGGUGCCAACCUGAGAAGGAGCUGGUCUUUCUAGUUGGCGCAGUGAAGGGUCCUCAGGGCAUUGUGCGCCCAGGCCGGCGAGGCAUUGAGAUGGAUAAACUUGUGAACUGCUUCCAUAAACGGCCGAACGCUGUAACCCGAUUAAUAUGCUUCCCCUGGGCUGGAGGAGGAUCACUGUUCUAUGCACAAUGGGGGCGCUUGUUCGACGAGACCAUUGAAGUCUGCUCCAUCAGGCUCCCAGGAAGAGAGUCGCGUACUUCGGAGACAAUGCCUCAAAGCAUGGACCAAAUAGUGGAUGAAAUUACCUCCGUAUUGUUAUCGCACCUGCAGAAUAAAAGCUUUGCCUUUUUUGGCCACAGUUUCGGGGCGUUCACCAGCUUUGCUACUGCAGUGAGACUGAAAGAAAAAUAUGGUCUGGAGCCCGUACAUCUGUUUGUGUCUGGAGCAUCUGCCCCUCAUACAAGAUCCCGUUCCCCAUCUGUAAAAAGAUCAGAGCUGAGCGAUGAAGAAUUUCUGAAGUGGAUGUCAGCAACAGGGGGAACUCCAGCUGGAAUUCUGGAGAACCCGGAUGCCUUAAAGCUCUUCCUCCCACCCCUGAAAUCUGAUCUAAGAAUAGUUGAGAACACUGUAUAUGAUAAGCCAGCAUCCCCUCCCCUGUCAUGUGGGCUGACAUGCUUCGAUGGGACAGAAGACAUUCCGCAUGACUUGGCUGCCUGGAAGGAGCUCACGAGCGGAGACUUCAGCACUCACAUGCUGCCAGGGGGACAUUUCUACCUGAAGGACCCAAAAAACGAGAAAUCACUAGUUACCUAUGUGGCGAAAUAUUUAGAAGCAGCAGAAACUGAUUAUUUUUAAGGUUUAUCCUCUGUAGAGACCUACUGGUUUUUCUUCUUAUUUUUUUUUUACAGUUUAAUGGUAGGGUCACACGUAGCAUCCGCAGCAGGUUUCCCACAGCUGAAAUUCAGCUUGCAGAAUACAUGUGACCCUACCCAAAAGGAAAAAUCCAGGGGCAACGAUCGUCUGAUCUGUCAUAGAUCAGUUAUGUCUGAUCUGGACCCCCCAUAAACUUCCAGAAAUAAGGGGCUCUACAGAGGGCUUAAAUGGGCAAGGUCAGAUAUAUCUUUGCAAAACAUUAACCUUUCUAAUAUAUUUCAUUAAAAAAAUGUAAUUUCUUUUUUUAAUAGAAAUCAUGGCUUAUAAAAUCAUGACUUUUUCCUAGCUGAAGCACAGGCAUGGACAAAAUCCAGUAAGUGAGGGUGGGCUAGCACUCCUCUGUGCCCUCUCCUGUCUGAUAGCACUCCUCUGUGCUCUCUCCUGUCUGAUAGGACUCCUCUGUACUCUCUCCUGUCUGGUAGCGCUCCUCUGUGCUCUCUCCUGUCUGGUAGCACUCCUCUGUGCUCUCUCCUGUCUGACAGGACUCCUCUGUGCUCACUCCUGUCUGAUAGGACUCCUCUGUGCUCUCUCCUGUCUGAUAGGACUCCUCUAUGCUCUCUCCUGUCUGAUAGUGCUCCCCUGUGCUCUCCUGUCUGAUAGCACUCCUCUGUGCUCUCUCCUGUCUGAUAGCACUCCUCUGUGCUCUCUCCUGUCUGAUAGCACUCCUCUGUGCUUUCUCCUGUCUGAUAGCACUCCUCUGUACUCUCUCCUGUCUGAUAGGACUCCUCUGUGCUCUCUCCUGUCUGAUAGCGCUCCCCUGUGCUCUCUCCUGUCUGAUAGCACUACUCUGUGCUCUCUCCUGUCUUGUAGCAGUCCUCUGCGCUCUCUCCUGUCUGGUAGCACUCCUCUGUGCUCUCUCCUGUCUGAUAGCACUCCUCUGUGCUCUCUCCUGUCUGAUAGGACUCCUCUGUGCUCUCUCCUGUCUGGUAGCACUUCUCUGUGCUCUCUCCUGUCUGGUAGCACUCCUCUGCGCUCUCUCCUGUCUGGUAGCACUCCUCUGCGCUCUCUCCUGUCUGAUAGGACUCCUCUGUGCUCUCUCCUGUCUGAUAGGACUCCUCUGUGCUCUCUCCUGUCUGGUAGCACUUCUCUGUGCUCUCUCCUGUCUGGUAGCACUCCUCUGUGCUCUCUCCUGUCUGGUAGCACUUCUCUGUGCUCUCUCCUGUCUGGUAGCACUCCUCUGUGCUUUCUCCUGUCUGAUAGGACUCUUCUGUGCUCUCUCCUGUCUGGUAGCACUCCUCUGUGCUCUCUUAUGUCUGAUAGGACUCCUCUGUGCUCUCUCCUGUCCUAUUAGACAGUGCUAGCCCACCCUCACUUACUGGACUUUGUCCAUCAGCUUGGAAAAUGCCAUGAUUUCUAUAAGAAAUAAAUACUAUUUUCUUAUGAAAUAUAUUAGAACACCAUGAAGUAUAUUAGAAGAUGUACACCACACAAAGUUUCUGAAUCUCACAGUGCUCAUUUAAAACGGGCUCAAAGGAGUUUUCUGUUUCCACCCUUAAAGGGUGGAAAACAGAAGGGUGGUGUUUUUUUUUAGAGUUUUGUUUUAAAUUCAGUAUCUAAAUGGUUAAACGGAGGCAAUUGCUCCCUGCAGCUCAUAGCUGUGCAAUAGGAGCCAAAGCUUCCUGCUCCUCCUCCAUAGCAACAGUCUCUGGCGUGAAACCCCGUGUAACGCAAUUGUAUGGCACUGGGUUUUUGUGCUGGAGGGCAAGUGUGGCUUUUAUUUUUU